UCGACCCUCGAAAGGGUGUUCUCACAAGUACAAGCUGCUGCAUAAUCUCUGAGUUUAAGUGAACAGUAAUUUGAAACAGGACGCCAGUAUGAGUGGUGUCUAUGCUCCCUCAGAUGGAACUAGUUUUCUGAGUUUCGACGGGUCAGAAAGCAUGGAGGAUAGUAAGAAAGGUUAUCAGAGUUUGAUGGAAUGGUUAAAUCAGACACUUCCUUAUUUGAAUUUACCAUUGGAAGCUUCAGAGGACGAACUGAGAGAAUGCUUGAGGGAUGGAACUGUUUUGUGUAGCCUUCUGAAUCAGCUUAGUCCUGGUUCAUUGAGAAUGGGAGGCAGCUUUGAGCCUGCUUAUGUAAAAAUUGAGCGGUUUCUGACUGCUAUGGAUGAAAUGGCCCUGCCCAGGUUCGAGGUUUCAGACAUCGAACAGGGGCAUAUGGUGCCAGUUUUACAGUCCCUUAAGGCGCUUAAAGCAAGUUUUUCCGAUGGUGGUUUUGAUAAAAACUCACUAUGUGCGACGAGGAGAUGGAGCUUACCAGAAGACCACUCAGAUUCAAGAGGGGAAGACCGCAACUUUCUUGAUGGAUUACAGUCGAAGGAAGAAUCUGAGAUUGAUAUUUCUGAUGCUAAAAUUUCAGAAUUACUGAAAUCGAACAGCUUACGGAAUGCUCCUACUCGGUCACUGUUUGACAUGCUGGAACAGCUUCUAGAUGAGAGUGUAAAGAAGAUGAAUGGACAUGUGUCUCAUGCUAUGGCAUCACUCUUGAGCGCACUUGUGCAAGUGAUAGAACAGAGAAUCUCAAAUCAAGCUGACAACCUAAAGAAUCAAAAUAUACUCUUUAGGGUACGUGAAGAAAAAUACAGGUCAAGAAUUAAAGUCUUAGAAACCUUAGCUGCUGGGACAACUCAGGAAAACGAGAUUGUUACGAACUGUAUGGAGCAUAUAAAGCUUGAGAAAACCAGAAUAGAGGAAAGAGAAAGAUCGGAAGAAAAGGAUGUGGUGCGUCUAAGAAGGGAGAAAGAGCACACUGAUGCUGAGAUUCGCAAGCUGAAGCAAGAACUCAAGGUGGUGAAAGAAACGCAUGAAAACCAGUGCUUGGAGUUAGAAGCAAAAGCACAAAAUACUAAAGUUGAGUUGGAGAAGAAACUAAAGGAUGUAGAGUUACAAGUUACCGAUUCAACUAGGAAUGUCAAAGAACUUGAGAAGUUGUGCCAAUCUCAAUCUCAAAAAUGGAAGAAGAAAGAAUGCACUUACCAGAGCUUUAUAGACCACCAGUAUGGGGCUUUGCAGGAUCUGAGUGCUACUUCAGUAUCUAUAAAGCAUGAAGUCUUAAGAACGCAGAAGAAAUACUUUGAGGAUCUAAAUUACUAUGGCUCAAAGCUCAAAGGAGUGGCUGAUGCAGCGAAAAAUUACCAUGUCGUCCUUGAAGAAAACCGAAGAUUGUACAAUGAAGUGCAGGAAUUGAAAGGAAAUAUCAGAGUCUAUUGUCGGAUUCGGCCAUUCCUUCCAGGGCAAAACAGUAGACAAACUUCUAUAGAGUACAUUGGUGAGAAUGGUGAAUUGGUGGUUGCAAACCCGUUUAAGCAAGGAAAAGAUACACAUCGGUUAUUUAAGUUCAAUAAGGUUUUUGGUCAAGCAGCAACGCAAGAGGAGGUUUUCCUAGAUACUCGACCAUUAAUUCGGUCGAUUCUUGAUGGCUACAAUGUGUGUAUAUUUGCGUAUGGUCAGACAGGCUCUGGAAAGACUUAUACAAUGAGUGGGCCAAGCAUCACAUCAAAAGAAGAAUGGGGUGUCAAUUACAGAGCGCUGAACGACUUGUUCCACCUAACUCAGAUUAGACAAAACGCUGUUGUGUAUGAAGUCGGUGUUCAAAUGGUGGAGAUAUAUAAUGAGCAAGUUCGUGACAUUCUUUCUGAUGGUGGUUCCAGUCAAAGGUUAGGGAUUUGGAAUACUGCCUUACCAAAUGGUCUAGCUGUACCAGAUGCAAGCAUGCAUUCUGUGAGAUCAACUGAAGAUGUGCUUGAGCUGAUGAACAUCGGGCUCAUGAACAGAACCGUUGGUGCCACAGCUCUCAAUGAAAGGAGUAGUAGAUCACACUGCGUUCUGUCUGUUCAUGUACGUGGUGUCGACGUGGAAACCGACUCUGUGUUGCGUGGUAGUUUGAACUUAGUUGAUCUUGCUGGAAGUGAGAGGGUUGAUCGCUCUGAGGCAACUGGAGAGAGGCUUAAGGAGGCUCAACAUAUAAAUAAAUCAUUAUCAGCCCUUGGAGAUGUCAUAUUUGCUCUAGCGCAUAAGAACACUCAUGUGCCGUAUAGAAACAGCAAAUUGACGCAAGUUCUUCAAAGUUCUUUGGGAGGACAAGCCAAGACUCUUAUGUUUGUUCAGGUCAAUCCAGAUGGAGAUUCUUAUGCCGAGACCGUUAGCACUCUGAAGUUUGCAGAAAGAGUCUCUGGUGUGGAAUUAGGUGCAGCUAAAAGUAAUAAAGAGGGACGAGAUGUUAGACAACUCAUGGAACAGGUAUCAAACUUGAAGGAUGUAAUUGCAAAGAAAGAUGAAGAGCUUCAAAACUUUCACAAGUCAGCAGGUAACAAUGCAACCGUGCCAAAACGUGGUUUAAGCAAACUAAGAUUGUUGGGUCCUUCAUCGCCUAGAAGACAUUCUAUAGGAGCUUCACCAAAUGCUCGACGAGGAAAGGCCUCUGGUUUGAUUGGGAAAACUGCCUCAGAUGUUGACACAGAAUAUAGUAGCAAGCAUUCUGACUCUGGCUCUCCGCAUUCAUCUGACGAACUUAAACAUCGAAAUGAUCGUCACCAACCAUCUAAGUUUGCUGAUAGGGGGAAAGACAUUGACUUAGAAGACGAUUUUGAACUCAUAGGCCUUGCAGGUGCAGACUCUGAGGAAAGACUGAGUGAUAUCUCAGAUAGUUGUCUAUCGAUGGGAACAGAGACAGAUGGUUCCAUAAGCAGUGUGGUAGAGUUGACUCUUUUCCCUGAAACCGAGAAGCCUCUUGAAAUAACCGAACAACCUGAAGCACAAUUGGCCCCUGGGAAACCCGAGAAAUCAGUGAAAAUGGGUAAAACUGACGCAAAAGAAAGAAGUAAUAUUCCAUCAAAGAUUCCGAAGCAGACCUUGAAACCACCAGGCCAGACCAGACCUUCUCGUCUGUCAGUUGCUGUCGCUAGCUCCUCCUCUAAGGCCUUAACAAGUGGUAAAAGACCGACAAUUAGCACUUCAUCUUCAGCAAAGCCACUCAACAGAAGGCGGUGAAGAUUCAUAGAUUUGAUCAGAUGAUGUUUGGUAGCUAUGUGUAACUUAGAAAGCAUAUGAUGUCCCUUUGUUCUUCUAUGUAAACGAACUUUUUGUUCUUUUGUGUUAGUGUUAAUUUAACCUGUCCACGUAAGCUUUCAAGGUUUUCCAUAUGAUUUUGAUGUUUUACAUCGAUAGAAUUAAACCAAAUUGCCCAGAUUAUAUGGAAACAUUUUUGUAAUCGGGAACUUUUCCAGCUACUCUUAUCACAUGGCUUCUCCUUCUCCUAUCA